AUGGCAAUUUCACCAGCCGUCUUGGUUACUGUCUUUGGUAUUCUAGGGGAUAUCAUCUCCUUUUUCGUCUGCCUUGCCCCGAUACCGACUUUCGUUCGUAUAUACAAGAGGAAAUCUUCUGAAGGGUAUCAGUCGAUCCCUUACGUGAUUGCGCUGUUCAGUGCGAUGCUAUGGAUAUACUACGCAUUGAUCAGAAAACAUGCAGUACUUCUCAUCACUAUCAAUACCUUUUGUUGCGUCAUACAGAUUUUCUACAUUUCUUUCUACCUCUUCUACGCUCCUAAGAAGGAAAAGACUCUAACGGUGAAGUUCGUUCUCUUUGUGGAUGUGUUCGCGUUUGGCCUCAUCUUCGUGUUGACAUACUUUCUGAGUCAUGGCACUAAACGUGUUAAAGUCCUAGGAUACAUUUGUAUGGUCUUUGCUCUAUGUGUUUUUGUUGCUCCCCUUGGGAUCAUUAGGAAAGUGAUCAAAACGAAGAGCGCAGAGUUCAUGCCGUUCGGUCUCUCCUUCUUCCUCACCUUAUCAGCUGUCAUGUGGUUUUUCUACGGGCUUCUCCUUAAAGACAUUAACGUAGCCCUGCCAAAUGUUCUGGGUUUCAUCUUUGGAGUGCUUCAGAUGGUACUGUACAUGGUUUACAAGAAACCUGGUACAAAAGUGUUGGAGCCGCCAGGGAUUAAGCUUCAGGAUAUAUCUGAGCACGUCGUCGAUGUCGUGAGGCUUAGUUCGAUGGUUUGCUCGUCACAAAUGAGAGCUUUGGUGCCACAGGACAGUGCCGGCAUGGAGGCAACCAUCGAUAUAGUUGAGAAGAUGAAAGGAGACUUUGUGAAGAUCAAGGAUGACAAAGAAGUGUUUGCUAUUUCCAAGAAUUAA